GGCGGGGCAGGAAGAAGGGCGGGUCGCGGCGGUGGACCCCAGUGUCGGUGUCGCUGCUGGCAGCGGCCGGGCGGAUCGGCCGGGAGUCAGCGGUGCGGCGCGGCGCGGCGCGUCUUCCUCCCGUUAUGAAGGAUGACUGAUGCUGGUUUCUGUGAUGCCACUUGAAGUCACCAGUGCUGUGGAUUGAUAAGUAACAUGCAGAUUUAACUGCACAACCUGGGCAGAAAGCAACAGGAGUACUAGUCCUUUUGAGCUCCUUAAGUGGACGGAAGUACAGUGUCAUCUCUCAGCAAGGGAAGAUUCUUCAACACCAUUUUAUAGCUAAUAAAACAGACAACAUAAUAGCAUCCACCUUCCUGAUUUACAGUGCAUUGCCUUCCAAGACAGAUGGUCUGUCAGAAGCUGGAGGAUGCCUGCAGAGCACAUAAUAAUGAAGUAGUGAAAUGAUACUGCUGCUGCUGCUACCUGGUUGUCGAGAUCACAGCUGAUAGAACUGCACUGCUCUUUUUCUGCUUGCUUAAUCAGGCCAGAAAUAGCAGGGUGAACAUGGCUGGCUUCGUUAGCAACCUGCUAAUACUGCUUCUUCUGUUUCAAAACAUCUCUUUGGGUUUCAGAAGCCCACUUUCAGUCUUCAAGAGAUAUAAAGAUACUAGCACAUCUCUUUCCAGUGAAUGCCUUGGAAAUGUCCAGCCAGUGAUUUCCUUUGGUCUGUCAGAUUUUGCACUGGACAUUCGCAUGCCUGCAGUGACACCUAAACAGUCUGAUACCUACCUCUGCAUGUCAGUACCCCUGCCAGUGGAUGAUGAAGCCUAUGUAGUUGACUUUAAGCCUCAUGCCAGCAUGGACACAGUCCAUCACAUGUUACUCUUUGGAUGUAAUGAACCUUCCUCUACUGAAAAUUACUGGGACUGUGAUGAAGGAACAUGCAAAGAUAAAUCUAACAUUUUGUAUGCUUGGGCAAGAAAUGCUCCACCCACCAGGCUGCCCAAAGGUGUUGGAUUCAGAGUUGGCGGAGAAACGGGUAGCAGAUACUUUGUUCUCCAGGUACACUAUGGAGAUGUUAGUGCAUUUAGAGAUAAACACAAGGACUGCUCUGGUGUAACUUUACAUCUGACACAUCAAAAGCAGCCUUUGAUUGCAGGAAUGUAUCUUAUGAUGUCUGUGAAUACGGUCAUACCACCAGGCAAGAAAGUGGUUGAUGCAGACAUUGCCUGCCAUUACAAAAGGUCUCCAAUGCACCUUUUUGCCUACAGAGUUCACACACACAGACUAGGUAAAGUAGUGAGUGGAUACAGAGUGAGAAAUGGUCAAUGGACAUUGAUUGGUAGGCAGAGUCCACAGCUGCCACAGGCAUUCUACCCUGUGAAAUAUCCAAUAGACAUUAGCUAUGAUGAUAUCCUAGCAGCCAGAUGUGUGUUCAGUGGGGAAGGCAGAACUACAGAGACACAUAUAGGGGGUACUGCCAAUGAUGAAAUGUGCAACUUUUACAUCAUGUACUACAUGGAAGCCAAGCAUGCUGUCUCAUAUAUGACCUGCACACAGAACACAAACCCUGAAAUGUUCAGAAAUAUUCCGCAGGAGGCAAAUAUUCCUAUUCCAGUCAAGUCUGAUGUGAAGAAGAUGAUGCAUGGACAUAAUGAAGAACUCAAGGAUAGUGAUACAAGUUCUUUGCUGCAGCAGGACAAAAAAGAAGAAGAUAUUUUGGAUCAGGGUGAUUUCUAUUCACUCCUUUCUAAGCUGCUAGGAGAAAGGGAAGAUGUUGUACAUAUGCAUAAGCAUAACCCUACAGAAAAAGCAGAAUCAGAUCUUGUAGCAGAGAUUGCUAAUGUAGUCCAAAAGAAGGAUCUUGCCAGAGAGAUCGCAAAUCAUGAUGAAAGGGACAAUACUAUUCUUGUGAGAGACAGAACUCAGAAAUUUCACAGACUAGAGUCUACCAUGAGGCCACCAGAGAACAGACAUUUCUCUUUACAACAGUCUAAACAUGGUGAGGGAGGCUGGGAAAAAGAACAUAAAGGAGAUUUUCACAUAGAAGAGGCUGUGGAGUGGCCUGGACUAGACCUCAAACUAGGCCAAGUUUCUGGGUUGGCUCUGGACCUUCAAAAUAACCUAGUUGUCUUCCACAGAGGUGAUCGUAUUUGGGAUGAAAAUUCUUUUGACAGCAAAUUUGUCUAUCAGCAAAGAGGACUUGGACCCAUUGAACAGAACACAAUUAUUGUCUUGAAUCCAAGUAAUGCAAAACUGCUUCAUUCCACAGGCAAAAAUAUGUUUUAUUUACCACAUGGUUUGAGUGUAGAUAAAAAUGGUAACUACUGGGUCACUGAUGUAGCUCUUCAUCAGGUUUUCAAACUAGGAGCCAAUGACAAAGAGCCAUUACUGAUCUUAGGAGUACCUUUGCAACCAGGCAGUGACAAAAAUCAUUUCUGUCAACCAACUGAUGUGGCCGUGGACCCAGUCACUGGCAGCAUUUACAUCUCUGAUGGCUACUGCAACAGUCGGAUUAUUCAGUUCUCUCCAAAUGGACUGUAUGUGAUGCAGUGGGGAGAAGAGACUUCUCUAGGCAGAUCCAGACCUGGGCAGUUUUAUAUCCCUCACAGCUUAGCCCUGGUCCCUGACUUAAGUCAGCUGUGCGUUGCAGACAGAGAAAAUGGUCGAAUUCAAUGCUUUAGGCUGGAGACUGGGGAGUUCACAAAAGAGAUCAAGCACAAAGCAUUUGGAAGAGAGUUAUUUGCAGUUUCAUACUCUCCAGGUGGUCUCCUCUUUGCAAUUAAUGGAAUGCCCUAUCCUGGAGAGGCAGAAUCAGUGCAAGGAUUUGUGAUGAACUUCUCUACUGGAGAAAUAAUUGAUACUUUCAUUCCACUUAGAGAGAGCUUUGAGAUGCCACAUGAUAUUGUUGCUUCAGAAGACAGAACAGUAUUUGUUGGAGAUGUUCAUGCCAAAGCAGUGUGGAAGUUUGCAUCUGUGGAAAAAAUGGAGCAUCGGUCAGUUAAAAAGGCUGGUAUUGAGGUACAGGAGACAAAAGAAUCAGAAACAAUUGUUGAAGCCAGAUUGAAAAACAAGCCAGAAUCAAGAGACCCUCUAAAGAAUAUGGAUAAACAACACUUGGUCCAACAGGCCAGCAGCACUGGAGUUUCCUUUGUUCUUAUUACAACUCUUCUUAUUAUCCCUGUUGUUGUCCUGCUGGUAAUUUUAGUAUUUAUUCGGUGGAGGAAGACAACUGUCUAUGGAGCUGAUGGGGAAUGCAAACUUGAUUCUACUGCAGGCAGAAUUUUAGGCAGACUUAGAGGGAAAGGUGGUGGUGGAAUUAACCUUGGGAACUUCUUUGCAAGCCAGAAAGGCUACAGCCGAAAAGGGUUUGACCGGCUGAGCACUGAAGGAAGUGAUCAAGAAAAAGAUGAAGAUGAUGGCACUGAUUCCGAGGAAGAGUGUUCAGCAUCUCCACUGCCACCAGCACCUUCAUCAUCCUGAAACUAACCUUUGAGUUCUCCAUUAUACGGUUCAACCCAGAAUGUCAGAUUUCUUUUCCCUUAAGCACGUUUAAGAUCUUGUAUAUUUAAUUGUAAACUGUUCUAGUCUGUGUGGGGCUGUACACUGGUUCCUUUAUUUUUUGUUCGGUUUUAGUUACGUUUUUUAAGUGAAGGAGUAUAUUGAAAUUCCAUAGCAGUGCCGUUGGUUUUUAUGUGAACAUCUUAAUAAAGCAAAGUCUUCUAACUGCCAGACUGAUUUAAAGCAGUAGUAUUUUAUCAUCAAAUAUGGGGAUCUUGUAAAUAAGUCUUACUAUCUGCUUCAUCAAAUAUUUUUUCCAUAAUUAUUGAGUUGCCAAUUUCUGUUUUGUGCCUUUCCUCUUCAAUGUCCUUAACCUGUUGCAUUACAGAGAAUAUACAGUGCCACAAAAAAAUGAAGCUGCUAAGUCUUCUUCUAUUUUUUUAAAUCACUAACAUGAUAUUGCAUUGAAGGAAAGAAAAAAGUCUCUAUUUAAUUUUUUUCUUCUUCCUAACUUGAUGUGUUUCUGGAAUGUCUUAUUUUUAGAUGGUAUCACUGUUAGAACACUAUUUUCAGAAGCUGAAUGUAAUUUGUGUAAUAAAGUAUUCGCAGAGCAUUGGCUGUUGGAGUGUACUUUGGAAUUUUUGCUUGCAUUGUUUUGUAUAUGACUUUUGUAAAAGUUACAGGGGGCACUUAACACAGUAAAAAGUUUAAUGUGUUCUACCAGCAGAUUAAAAAAAUGAUAUUUUGUAUGGAAGCUGGAAAAAUAUUUUGUUAUGUCAUGAGGUUGUUUGUUUGGGUUUUUUUUUAAAACUGAUAACCUCCAUACACGUACAAAGUCAAACUUGAACAUCUAAAGAGGGAUUUUACUUGUAUAAUAAAACUGCAAGGUAUUUCCUUAAUAAAACACAUGGUCACAGCUAA